AUGAAGGCUUUCCUUGUUCUCCUGCUGGGAGCAGUCCUGUGCUUGGACUCAGGUUCUUCUUUGCAGUGUUACAGCUGCACGUCACAGCUCAGCAACUCCAACUGUAAGACGAAAGUGGACUGCAAGGAUAAGGAAACAUGCAAGACGGAUGUGAUCAGGGUCAUAGGGUUCUUCAACAUCAUCAGCAAGGGCUGUGACUCGUCAUGCCAACCAGACUAUCAAAACUUCAGUGUGGGCAACAGGAAUAUCUCCUGCUGCAGCAGUGACCUCUGCAAUGUCAACGCAGCGGGCAGUGUGAGGUACAGCUAUGGGAUGGCAGCAGGGAUAGCAGCCAGCGUGCUCUGGCCCUUCCUGCACAACAGAUUGUGA